AGACCCCCGGCCUCUCCCACAGCGCGCGCCUCCCCGCCGCCCCGCCGCCCCGCGGCGGUGGUACGGUCCGGGGCGCCAGGCACGAGGCCGCCCGAGCCGGCGCCAGUGGGCGCCCCGCAGCGGGGGAGGAGGAGAUACCAUCAGCAAAAUGCCGGACGUCGAGGAGAGUGCGCCCCCGAAGGACCCUGGUGACUCAGAGGGCGGGUCCUGUAAGCCGGAAACCUCAGGACUCCCCCAGGAAGACAAGAGCGGCCCCGAGGACCCCCCUCCCUGUCUGACAGAAACUGUUAAUGAAGUUUCCAAGCUGAGCAACGAGAUUGGGAUGAAUCAUGAUUACAUGGAAGAGAAGGUUUUACCUCCAAGCAGUCUGGAAGGCAAGGUCAAGGAGACAAUGCACAAUGCCUUUUGGGACCAUCUUAAAGAGCAACUAUCAGCAACUCCCCCUGACUUCAGUUGUGCUCUUGAACUUCUGAAAGAAAUUAAAGAGAUCUUGCUAUCACUGCUAUUACCACGCCAGAACCGCCUAAGAAUUGAGAUUGAAGAAACUCUGGACAUGGACUUGCUCAAGGAGAAAGCAGAACACGGGGCCUUGAAAGUCCCCUCUCUCUCUAAGUAUGUUCUCAACAUGAUGGCUUUGCUGUGUGCACCAGUUCGAGAUGAAGCUGUGCAGAAACUAGAAAACAUUACGGAUCCUGUUUGGCUACUGAGAGGGAUCUUCCAGGUUCUGGGCCUGAUGAAAAUGGACAUGGUGAACUACACUAUCCAGAGCCUUCAACCCCACCUGCAGGAACACUCCAUUCAGUAUGAACGGGCUAAAUUCCAGGAACUCCUCAAUAAGCAGCCUAGCCUCCUUAAUCACACCACCAAAUGGCUGACCCAAGCAGCAGCAGAUCUCACCACGUCACCUCCGACUUGCCCAGACACUUCUGACUCCUCCAGUGUGGCCAGCCCCUCUCCUAACGAGGCAGCCAAAAACCCAGAGCCUCUCAGCCCCACAAUGGUGCUGUCUCAGGGCUUCCUGAACCUCCUUCUCUGGGACCCUGAAAAUGAAGAGUUCCCUGAGACCCUGCUGAUGGACAGAACCCGGCUGCAGGAGCUGGAGUCCCAGUUGCACCAGUUAACCAUCAUGGCCUCAGUCUUGCUGGUGUCCAGUAGUUUUUCUGGCAGUGUUUUGUUUGGCUCACCCCAGUUUGUGGAUAAACUGAAACGCAUAACCAAAUCCCUGUUGGAAGACUUUCAGUCCAGGCCUGAGGAAGCUAUACUGUCUGUGAGUGAACAGGUGUCUCAGGAAAUCCAUCAAAGCCUCAAGAAUAUGGGCCUUGCUGCUCUAAGCAGUGACAAUGCAACAUCUCUGAUGGGACAGCUACAGAACAUUGCCAAGAAGGAGAACUGUGUCCGCAGUGUCAUUGAUCAGCGGAUCCAUUUGUUUCUCAAAUGCUGUUUGGUUCUUGGUGUGCAGCGGUCUCUGUUAGACCUCCCUGGAGGCCUUACUCUUAUUGAAGCAGAACUGGCAGAACUGGGCCAGAAGUUUAUCAACUUGACACAUCACAAUCAGGAGGUGUUUGGUCCCUACUACACUGAGAUCCUCAAAACUCUCAUCUCCCCACCCCAGGCACUGGAAACAAAAGUGGAGUCUGUCUGAUAGUGUGGGCUCAGAGCCCU